AUGUUCAAAUUACCUGAUCAAGUUCAUGCUGAGAUUCAUCAUGCUUCACUCAGUAAUAAAUGCACAUCAGAACUUGAACCUGAAGAUGUCAAUGCUUGGACUAAGUUCUUUGAUGACUCACACACACUUGAUGAAGAGGAUCGUAGUCGAAUAAAUCAUAUAUUUAAUAAACUCGUAACAAACAUUGUUAAAUAUGAGCGAGAACAAGAUUUUCAAUUACUUGAAGCGCUUGCUAAAAGAUUAUUAUCUGCUGAUAAAAAUAGAAAGGACAAUGAGGAACCAUUCAUCUUAACGUCGUAUGAUCAAGAACGAUUAAUAAAACUUCGAACAAUUUGCAAACGUUUAAAACAUUAUAGCUCUAUUGAAAAAUUACUUUCUACUAUGUUCACUCGAGAUAAAUCACGCGAAUUAAUCCUUCCACCAAUUAAGAAAACAACUCAUCAAACACGUUCAUCGUCUCUUUCCUUUGAUGACACUCAUAUUGCUUUACCAGUUACCAAGAGACAGCGAAGAUCAGACAUCGAAUCUCCAACUUCAAUUCAUUCGAAAUCAAAACAAAUAAUGAUGCAUGGUCCAAUAACAUUACAAAAUAUUUAUCAAGCAAUACCAGCAGCAACACUUCAAUUUGCUGAAGACGAAUAUGUUUGGCAUGCUAAUCGGCCCGUAAAUAUGAUAUUAGCAACAGGAGUUCAAUUACCAAAUGUUUUAACAGAAUCAGCAGUCAAUACUAAUAUUGAAAGUGAACAAUUCUUUUCAAAAAUGAUUGAAGAUAUUAUUGUUGAAUAUCAGAAACGACAUCCAAGUGAUCAUUAUGCAGCAUUAAAACAAUGGAAAGAAAAACAUGUAGUUCUAUUUUGUUUGAAGGAAAAUGAUCAAUACACUCAAUCAAUGACACCUCGUCGAAUGAAUGGAUUUGAAACACUUAUUGAUGUUGUUCAACGACGUCAUUUAGGAAAAUUACAACGAUAUUUUCUUAAUGUUGUUUCAACUAAUCGUCAUUUUAAUCCAUAUGAUUUAAUUACAGUACCUGAAUAUAAAGUACAAUUUUGUUUUUAUUUAUUUGAUUA